UCUUGUUACUAAGUGACAUGGUGAUUGCGGACAAAUCUUCUCCUGAUGCAAACAGCAAGGUCGUGCUAGCAUAUGUUAUCCCUGAUGGCUGGAUGAGAUUGGAUAUUGAUCCAGAUUUGGUUAAAACAUUUAGUGAGGCAUUGGAUACCCCCAAAACCAUCACAUGGAAUGGACCAAAGGGAGUGUUUGAGUUUGACAAGUUUGCUGUUGGGACAGAGGCUACCACAAAGAAGCUGGCUGACCUCAGUGGAAAGGGAGUGACAACAGGGUUAAGAAGCUUUAAACAAUGGGAUCCGGGUGGAUAAUUUUUCACAUUGCCUA